CGGGGUCCUGUCAUUGAAGAUGGCGACCGGACUCCUUCAGCGCUCUUAUAGCGGCCUUCGUUUGGCGAAAUACAAGGCCAGGAUCAAGGGACAGGUCACUCUUUUCAGAGGAUUGUCGGCAUCCAGUCACCGAAAUAGAGAGGAGAGCUGGUUCAAAUCUCUAUUUGUGCGUAAAGUGGACCCAAGAAAAGACGCCCACUCUCACCUGCUGGCUAAGAAAGAAGAAAGUAACCUUUAUAAAAUUCAAUUUCACAAUGUGAAGCCUGAAUGUCUGGAUGCUUAUAACAAACUCUGUGAGGAUGUGUUGCCUUCGAUCCACGUGGAUAAAUACUACCCCUGUGAGCUGGUGGGAACAUGGAACACCUGGUAUGGAGAGCAAGACCAGGCUGUCCAUCUGUGGAGGUACAGAGGAGGCUACCCCGCCCUGACCGAAGUCAUGAAUAAACUGAAAAAUAAUAAGGAAUUUUUGGAGUACAGAAAGGAACGGGGGAAGAUGCUCCUCUCUCGCCGCAAUCAACUAUUGCUGGAAUUUAGUUUCUGGAACGAGCCAGUUCCACGGGAGGGACCAAAUAUCUACGAACUUCGAUCAUACCAAUUAAGACCAGGAACCAUGAUUGAAUGGGGGAAUUACUGGGCUCGAGCCAUUCGCUAUCGGCAGCAUAACCGUGAAGCAGUUGGAGGAUUUUUCUCCCAAAUAGGAAGUCUUUACCUGGUCCAUCACCUCUGGGCGUAUAAGGACCUGCAGUCUAGAGAGGACACUCGCAAUGCGGUGUGGCAACAUGAGGGCUGGAAUGAAGUGGUCUACUACACAGUGCCCCUGAUUCAACACAUGGAGUCCAGGGUUAUGAUUCCAAUGAAGGCGUCACCCCUGAAGUAAUACUUUCUUUACAAGCUAAAGACAUGCAUUCACAAGGGAACCAGUGCUGUAUAUGUCUAACAUCCAUGCAUUUUAAUCCAUCUUGAUGUUCUUUCUGGUCAUUAAAAAGUAUUCAUAAUCUGCACCAGCAAAUCUAAUUUGAGAAUGCAUUGAAAGAAACAUGUCCUAACAGGCUAAUGAACUUUAACAGGCAAAGAUGAUUUGUUUUGGAUGUCACAAGUGUCUUUGGUUAACAGACCUUAGCCAUCUGAUAAGCAAUGAAUCUUUAUGCACAAUAAAUGUUAGCAUUGUGGCCCAACUCAGUGAAAUAUAUAGGAAAAAUGUAUUAGAGGGUCUUUAAAUGUUCUGUUAUUAAAUUCAUAGCCCGUG